AUGUCGUCGGACCAAUUAUCGCCCGUGGCGGUGCCUCGGAAGUCGGAUAUGUCCUCGCGCUACUCGCAAAACGGCACCAGUGCCGACUCCGCAACCAUGGCAGACUCGACCCACCCCCAGCUUGACCCGCCCACAUCCCCUCACAUUAACCACACCGUGGCCCAGCCGCCAGUGAAACUGAGUGCUUCGCGUACUAAACGGUCGCUCACAGGCACUCCAUUGAUCUCUAGAGAGACCACCUACCAGGCCCACCGCUCCACGUACUCGUCGCUGCAGCGGAUGCGGUUGAACCAGCCCCGACGCCCGUUACAACCUCCUUACUCAGCAGGUCCUCGUUCGGUGGCGGUGGAGCGCCCAGAAAUCCCCGUGCUUGACCCUGAUGUCGAUGGAGACCUUUCCGACGAUAGCUCUCCCAUCAAACGGGGGUCUAAAGUGGCAGGACUUCAACUGCUGCGGGUGUACCACCACCCUGGCGACGGUGAGCCUCCUGCCAAGUACAUCAAGGUGAGUCUGAGUGCCUCUAACCCGACAUCGCUGCCACAAGUGCCCCCCUCAACUCGUGAGGCCGACGUUACCAUAUUGCCAUUAGCUUCCCACUUGGCUCCACCCACUGAUUAUAUCACCCCAGAACGGUGGACGGAGCCAGUGGCAAAGCUGCCCCCUGUCGACCAACACGUGCGCAUCACUUCACAUCCCGACCAAGACACCACCAGUCCUCUCAAAACCAAGACUGAAGCACACAGCGGUAACAAUGGUAGUGUGCCUCAAGAACUGCUAUCGCCUACAAAUUGGGACGAGGACCUCGAACAGAUACGGCAUGAAUACCGCCAGCUUGCUGACAACCUCUAUCGCCAAUUGGAUACCAAGCAUGACCGCAUCACAAUAUUGGAGACGGAGCAAAAGCGGCACGAAUCAGAAUUGUUACGCGCCCGCCAACGGAGCCUGGAACUUGAAGUUGAGCUCAAAUCCACUCGUCACCAACUUCAGCAAGCGCAACAACAACGUGACCACCACUCCCAUCAACACAACCUGCUCAGUUUGGAAUAUGAGCAACUCCAGGAGGACUUGGACGAACGCGAGGCGCGAAUAACUCAAUUAGAGGACGAGAAAUCGCGCCAUGACGAAGCCAUGAACCAACUUCAGGAUAAGUUGACUGAAACUGAGCAUGAACUUGAUAAGGUUGUUUCCUCAUUCAAGCAAGUUCGCGAACAACUAGUGGACCUCCAGGGCCAGUACGACGAGCUUGCUCUGCAGGAACUGGCUUACAAGGAUGAGAUUGAUGACCUUCAUCGCAAAAUCAAGCAGUACGACGACACUCGGCGUCUGCAACAAACUGAAGUGAGUGACUUACGUCGUCGACUAGCUGACACCCAGGAAAAGUAUGCCAGUCUCGAGUCGCGUAAUGCCAAGCUUGAAGAGGAGUACAACCAGGCGAAAGAUGUGAUGAAUCAAGUGCGUCAAAUGGAAGAGGGGCUCAAUAAUUUGGAGCAAGUGUUGACGAAAACCGAGCGACGCAACGCCGAACUCAAUGACGAGCUCGAACAGGAAAAGCUAGCACAUCGUGAACUGAUCAAGCAACUUAGUGCUGACCAAGAAGAGAUUACCCGGAAACUUGAAGCGGCGUACACUGACGAAAACCGUCAUCGCCAGCAAGUGGAAGAUCUACAGAAACAGACCCGGGAAAGUCUGGAUGAGAUCGGUCGACUCACUCGUGAGAUUCGCCAGUGGGAACGGCGGUACGAUGAACUCAAUGAAGCCUACCACCGGGAUGCGCUGGAAUGGAAGCGCAAAGUGGAAUAUGAAGCUGCACAGAGUGGCGAUAUCCGCCAGGCACAUGCCCAAGAGUUAGCUGACUUGAAGGCGAAGCACGCGGCCGAGCUUCUGAUUCAAGCCGACAAACACGCCCGUGAACGCCAAAAGGCUGACGACGAAAUCCGCAACCUUAAGGCUGAAGCCGACCGCGCUCUUGCUCUGCAAGCCCAUUACGAACAGGAGUUGCAGGAAGUGCAAGCGAAGUGCGAUCGCGAUUGGGAGGAGAAGUGGAACGUGUCGAUGGCAGAGAUUGUCCAGACCCACGAGCUUCGUCUCCAGGAAGUCGAGCAGUAUUUGCACGCUGAGUACGGCCGUAAGCACCAGGAGAAGGUGAAGCUGAUCAAGGACGUGCACCAGCUGAACAUGGAAGCGAUGAGAGAUCGGAUGCUUCAGGCGGAGAAGAAGGCCGAACGCAUCAAGGAGGACUUCGAACAGUACAAGAAGCUGCUUAAGUACCACGAUUAG